AUGGAAGCGCUCCUGUCCCCUACGCUGUUGAAGAUCACCUCGGCGGAUCCGUUGGGUCACUCGUCCUUUCUCGUGAGCGAGCUAUGGUUCCUCCUUUUUCUGCAAAUCGUGUACAGCUACUACCUGGACUGGAACAUCCUCACCCUCUUCAUCCGUCUCGCACAAAUGGUGUGGUUGGCCCGAACGGUGGGCAACCCGCAACAGCGUCAGCCGGCAACAAACUUCUUGUGCAUCACGAACUGCUACGUGAUCUUCAUGCACCUCAUCAGCCGGGGACACCCUUUCUCCAUCAACUUCAUCGGCAAAACGGUACGGGCGUCGUUCUUCCACCUGCUCCUUGUGGACUCGAUCGUGGCCUUGCUCGAGCUGCUCAUGCUGCACCUCCUUGCCACCGUUCCGCCCAGCACCUCCCGACGAACGAUGCCACUCUGGAACUACCUCGGCACGAACCUAGCACCCAACUAG